AUGCAAGUGAGGAAAAAUCAGAAAAUCUACAUUCCAAUUGUACAUAAAUCAGACUUUCAGAUGAUUUUUCUAAUUGGAUCAAAUGAUACUCAAUGUUGGUUUCGCUUCCAAGUGACAGAGGCUUGUGCUUUUGCAGAUGCAAAGGAGGAAAGUAUGGAGGGGAAGAAAUUGAGAAUUUGCACCAAUGCCAGACUAUUAUUUCUUAUCAGAAGUUUUAUAAUUCAGUUCUGCACUGAGUUUUUGUCACGCCCCGAGAUCAAGACUUUUUCGCCACCACUAUCAGCCGUUGUAUCAACCUCAGAAAUCCUCAAUGGUAGUUGUGUCUCACGCAUGUUCAUACUGAAUGCAUUCAUUUUAUUUCAUGAAGGGUAUUGUGAAAGCCUUGAGAAGCUACCUAAUACCUUGCACAACUUCACAUCUCUUCAGGAGCUACAGAUUGAAAACUGCCCGAAAUUGAUUUCUUUUUCGGAGAUUAACUUGCCUUUUACUCUGAAAAAGCUGGUGAUAAGUAAUCAUAACAAAUUGCAGUAUUUUCUAGAUGGAGAAAGUAUUAAUACAAAUGAUUUCCUCCUUGAGCAUUUGGAGAUUGCAUCAUGUCCAUCUCUUAUAUCUUUAUCUUCAAGACAUGAGCUACCAUUUAAUCUUCAACAUCUCAAGAUCAAAGAUUGCUCAAAAUUGGCAUCCUUAUCAUCAAGUGGCAAGUUGCCUAUAGGGCAUAAGCACCUAACUAUUAGGAAUUGCCCUGAGCUGGAAUCCAUAGGGCAAGAAUUUUACAACAACAUUUUGCUUGAAUUUAUUUAUAUUAGCUGGUGUAGAAAUGUUAAACAUUUCCCCCAAGGACUGGACAAGCUCAUUAAUCUUCAGGCAAUUGUAAUAGAAUAUUGUCCAAGUCUGAUUUCCUUCCCAACAAGUGGGUCGCCUAACACCAACCACAAAGUGCUCUGCAUUUAUAAAUGUGAAGAACUGAGGGGUUUGCCCAAGUACAUUCACAACCUCACCUCACUUCAAGAAUUGGAGAUAUCAAAUUAUCCACCACUACAGGGGUUUUGGUUUUUAGCGACGUUUUUUUAA